AUGACACUGGUUUUUGCAUUUACCUCCCCCCACACUCACUAUCUCUUUCGGUUUUGUUUUUCAUUUACAGGAUAUUUGCGGCCCAACCUCGAAUACACGGUCUGGUAUCGUUUGGCGGAUGCCCAGGAAUGGCGUACAAUGCGUAUCAUCCAAAAGAAUGUCAUGGAAGCCACCAUUCCACAUUUGCUACCGGGUCGCGAAUAUGAAUUUAUGGUAUUGAGUCAGGAUAAAUACGGCGAUGGCAUGUUCAGUAAACAAUUUCGAUAUCCUACACAACCCAAAUCGAAAGUUGACGAAUCGGACAAUGACAAUGUCGAAGGCGACAUGUCGUCCGUACAACAAUCCCAGCAACGUGUUAACUACCAAUCGCCAAGUGCUGGUGGCAGCCACGCCAGCAGCUUUCUAAGUGCUCCAUGGAAUUUAAGUGCCAUUAAUAACCAACAAGGAUGGCUCUUACAUUGGGAACAUCCACUUCAUGGUCUCGAUGCGUUACGCCUUUACACUGUCCGUUGGUGGAAGGAGCCCGAACAUCAUCUGGUCGGCACGGUCGAAACGUUCGACAACUUCUAUCAGCUGCGCCAUUUGAAAGAGGAUUCAACAUUCACCAUCCAAGUGUUGGCCAUUUCGAAUGAUGGCGCCCAAGUGCCCGGCACGGAAUUGAUCAUUGAAGUGCCAUCGCAUCGUAAAAUGCGCGCCCUCCUAAUUGGCAGCUCCAUUGGCAUUGCGUUCCUGCUAUGUGCCCUGGUCGCCUUUCUCUACGUGAAACGUAAUUGCCUGCGUCAUUUGUUCAGCGGUAAUGUGGUCGAUGACGGUGAUGAUGGUGGUAGCACAAUUGAGGAUGGCGGUGACAGCGAUUGCAAUGGCCAUGACAUAGAGAAGAUACACAAUACCUGAGUGUACGAGAUAACGUGGCGGUUUCGAAAUUAAUACAUAAAAUCAAUUAAUUGUGAAAACGACGGCUCAUUUUUAUGUUUUGUUUUUGUUUUUCUGAAAAUUCCCAGUCC